AUGGAGUUCUGUCAGACGACGCUCGCUAAUCACCUCGCGCAGCGAGCGAGCGUGGAUCGGCUGGAGAACAUUGUCAUCGCGCUGCAGCUUAUCGCGGGUCUUCGGCAUUUGCACCGACGUGGUAUUUUGCAUCGGGAUAUUAAACCGAGCAACGUCCUUUUGGACUUCCGCUGUCAGUAUGCCAACCUUGAUGACGGAAGUGACAGUAGCUUGGAUGCCGAAGGCGAAAAUGAAGACACCGACGAAGCCGUUUCUGAGGGUGAUGUGUGCGUUCCAAGGUGGCGUUGUAGUACUUGGAGAGAAAUGGUUGAUGUCCCGAACCGAUCCGUCGGGGCUCUUGUGCCUGCAAGCCAGAGACCCGACCUAAACUAUUUCUUACACCUCAGUGGACUCUGGUGUGGAGCUACACCAUCGCUCAAUGAUAAAUAUACAAAUAUGCGCGUGAUGCUUCCAUCUAGGGCUCCCUUUCAGGAUUUUAACCUCCAUAAAUCUCAAAUUCUGGCGAACAAGACCAAUAUAGUCGAGCCCAACUACGACGAAGAAGCCAUCUCUUUACUGAUGAACACUCCGCACUGCAAUGCGGAGGACUUUAUAAUCCAAAACCGAAGGCACUUCUCAUCUGUUCAGUCCUCGACCUUUGCCACCGCUACUAUCGAUUCUCCUGUUACUGCUGCGGUAGCUUCCACUUUAGAUGCUGAAGUGCGUAAGACUACUAAAUGGCUCCAACGGAUGCUAGUGCAAGUUCGACUGAGUGACUUUGGUCUCGCCAAGCUUCUCAAUCACCCCGGGUUCGACGGCGUGGGGAAGCGGCCUUCAGCUACCAAGGGGGUGAAUACUACUGGAGUAGGGUCGCCGAUUUAUUCCAGUCCUGAGCAGCUUGGUGGUGGAGUAUGCACACCUGCCUCUGACGCUUUCUCCUUUGGAAUAUUGUUGGCAGAGCUGUACAUCCUACCCAAGACAAUGUCGGAGCGUCUUGAGGUGCUCCGCAACGUUCGAGACGAUCUCUUUCCAAAUGAAGGGAUCAUUCAGACGUACCCUGAGCUUGCGAUAGUCCGCAGCCUUACGAGGCGAAAUCCUGAUGAACGGCUUAGUUUAGUCAAGGCACAAAGUCAGUUGCGAAUAGUUCUACAUCAGCUUAUUGCGCAGGUGUAUAGACACCAUUCCUCUUUCACGCAAAAGAGGGUUACAACGUAA